AUGCUAUUACUAGAGGGUACGUCGAUAUACUCAGCUAACGAUCCAGCGGGUCACAUGAACUUAAGUAGAAAGUAUUUGAGUAUUUGUAUUGGUCUCAAGGGGAUUUUAUCAUCAUAUAUUUGCCAUGAAGAACGUGCCAUAUGGACUCCGCAGUUUCAUGGUAUCUAUAAGCAAGGUCGCCUCAAAGUAUGGCCGAAGCCACGUCUCCGUCGUAAGAUCGGAAGAGCGGGGGAAUGUCAUAGUUUCCAGAGGCUGCCCCAUGCUUUAUCACAUUGCAGACAAACUGUUGCCGAUUGCUGUAUUGUUGGUUGA